UUUUUGUUGUGGGUGUAUCAAACAGUACUGACAUAUGGAAUAACUUUUUUGGUAUUCAAUAUUUUUUUUUUUUUAUUUUUUUGUAUUUUUUGUAGACGCUUGCGCUACAUGUUUUAUAAAAAAAAAAAUUUUUUACUUUUUUAAUUAUGAACAUAAAAUAUUUUAAAUUUGAUAAAAAAUGUAUUUGAAAAAUUCAAAAUAGCCAAUUUAUAAACCCGAUUUUUAGAAAAAUUUUGAUGGUUCAAAUAUUUAUAAGAGUGUUGCCGUGAAUUUUCUACAAUUUAUUUAGUUUUUGGAAAUAUGAAUAAUUUUUUCCUUUAUCAUACUAAAAUAAUCAACAAUCAUCACUCAUCACUGGUACGUCCCGACUAGACGUAGUAAUCACUAUUUAUUUUCCCAACAGAUUUUAUCAGUUAUCACCAUUUUUACACCGGCCAUCGGCAGCUUGCUGCUAAUGCAUAGAGAUAGAUAAGAGCAUUACUGAGAUAAUUACUGGUUAGGUUAUAGAAAAAAAAUAACUUUUAUGUUACUACGUUUAAAGUGGUUUAAUAGAAUUAAUAUAACAAUAAUAAAACAAUAACAAACAAUAUGGAUCAACAAUAUUUACAAUAAUUAGUUCAGUAAUCAGUUAAUUCAGUUGGUACCUUAUAUUAUUAUUCUGUGCUAUAUCUAUUUUAAAUAAUUUUCAAAAUGCCCACCAUUGUUUUCUGUACAUUUUUCAUAUCGCUCUAAUAUUGACGAAGUGACCGACUUUAACAUUUCUGAUGUAACUGUUUUACAUGCUUUAGUGAUACGCUCUUUUAAAUCAUUCAGAGAAGUAGACUGUUCUGAAUAAACGUUAUCUUUUAAGUAACCCCAUAAAAAAAAAUCUAAAGGAGUCAAAUCAGGAGACCGUGGAGGCCAUUCCAGUGGACCACGGGAGCACCAUCUUGCUGUAUCCACAUUGUUUUCCGAAUUUGAAGAGGGUCCAGGGUUGGAUUGUUGGAAAAAUUAGUAUGCACCCAAAUGAGUAAUUUAAAGUUGGAUGAAUCCACUCAGUCGACCGAGAACAAAAGCACUGACAAUUCAUUAGAGAUGCGUGAAAAUUGUGUUGAAUGGUGGUGUCCAUUGCAUAGCAAAUUUAAGGACAUUCUGGGAAAUAUAUCUGUUCAAAACCAGACAUUAGAGGACAAAUAUAUAAUACGGAAAGCUAAAGCUAGAUUUGAAUACUGGCAAGGUGGAAAUAAGAAUAUACCCAGGUGUCCAACAUAUGACAGGAAGAAAGGACAAGCCAUUCAUUAUUCACCUCCUUCAUGUUGGCCCAAAAAUAGUGAAUAAAUAAAAAUCUUAUCAAACACUUUUUAAA